CACUGUUUACAAAAGAUACAGCGCGGAAGAAACAGCUUGCUGACGUUUUUGAGGAAUACAAGUGAAGGAGGUGUCGGAUUUAUCAAAAGUUCUUGUAAACAAGACAGAAACAUCAGAUUUAAUCAGAUUUAAUCAGAUUUGUUGUGAAACUAAGACAUUAUGUGGUGUCGGCACACACAACUGCUCUGUCAAAGAGCGUUGUCGUCUGCAGAAUGCCAGAGAUUCAUAGCUGAUGGCCCAAAGGUGAUGGCCAUACGCCGAGAAACUAUCAAUGUUUGGGAACGUCGUGCCCCUCUAGCUCCUCGACAGGUCCGGAAACUUGUGAAGAAUGGCAUUAAAGUUAUUGUUCAGCCGUCCAACAGAAGGGCUUAUAACAUGAUUGACUAUGCCCAGUGUGGAGCAGUGAUACAAGAAGACAUCAGUGAGGCGUCCCUGGUGAUUGGUGUAAAGACUGUACCUAUUGACCAGCUCAUGCCAGAUAAAACUUAUGCCUUCUUCUCCCAUACUAUCAAGGCUCAGAAGGAUAAUAUGCCUCUUCUUGAUGCCAUCCUAGAAAAAAAUAUUCGUUUGAUAGACUACGAGAAGAUGGUGGAUCAUAAAGGUCAACGUGUUGUAGCCUUUGGAAAGUAUGCUGGUGUGUCAGGGAUGAUCAACAUACUCCAUGGACUGGGACUGAGGCUGCUGGCCCUGGGACACCACACACCUUUCCUGCACAUUGGUCCAAGCCACAACUACACUAAUACAGAGAUGGCACGACGGGCAGUGAGGGAUGCUGGGUAUGAGAUUGCUCUCGGACGCCUACCUAAGUCUAUAGGACCACUCACCUUUAUCUUUACUGGCUCUGGCAAUGUGUCACAGGGAGCACAGGAGGUAUUCCAGGAGUUUCCGUUUGAGUAUAUAGAACCAGAACAUCUACCUAAUGUUGCUAGACAUGGCUCUACCAACAAGCUAUAUGCUUGUGUUGUCAGUCGAGAAUCCCAUUUCGUCCCUAAAGAUGGUGGAAAGUUUGAUGCUGAGGAGUUUGAACAGGAUCCAUCUAAAUAUUUGUCAGUAUUUAGCCACAAGAUAGCACCCUAUGCCUCUGUGAUAGUUCAUGGUAUAUACUGGGACCCUAAUGCUCCAAGGAUCCUCACCAUUCCUGAUGCUAAGACACUCCUCCGUCAUGAAGAAUCACCAUGGUUACCAUCUACCCCUGGCUGUCCACAGCUACCACAUCGACUGCUGGCCAUCUGUGAUAUAUCGGCUGACCCUGGCGGUUCUAUAGAGUUCAUGCAGGAGUGUACAACAAUAGACUCUCCCUUCUGUUUGUACAAUGCUGAUCGCAACAUCAACAGGGAAAGCUUUGCUGGAGAUGGAGUGUUAAUGUGCUCGAUUGACAACAUGCCAGCCCAGAUACCUAAAGAAGCCACAGACUUCUUUGGAAGCUUACUACUGCCCUACAUUGAAGAAAUGAUAAUUUCUGAUGCUGUUAAACCGAUGGAAGCCUAUCAAGCCUCCCCAAUCGUCAAAAACGCUGUGAUUGCAUCAAAUGGAAAACUUACAGAACCCUUUGAGUAUAUUACUGAGCUCCGUAAAAAGUCGGAGUCCUCAAAGAAAGCUAAGAAGCUUGUUCCAGGACAGAAGAGAGUGCUGGUUCUAGGCGCAGGCUAUGUGUCUGCACCGGCAGUAGAAUAUCUCACCAAGGACAGCAACGUUCAUGUGACUGUUGCUUCCCAAUACAAGCGGGACUUGGAUGAACUUGAGAGUAUGUGUACUAACGCUGAUCUCAUCCUGAUGGAUGUGAUGAGGCACACGGACGAGCUAACAAAGAUGGUGGCUGACAGUGAUGUUGUGGUUAGUCUACUACCAUAUUCCCUCCAUCCAGAGAUCGCCAAGCUUUGUAUUGAACUGAAGACCAACUUGGUGACAGCCAGUUAUGUAUCUCCAGCAAUGGCAGCACUUCACGAUGCGGCUGUGAAUGCUGGCAUCACAAUCAUGAAUGAGGUCGGUGUUGAUCCCGGUAUUGAUCACAUGCUGGCUAUGGAAUGUUUUGAUGAAGUUAAGCAUGCUGGUGGAAAGAUAAAGUCUUUUGUCUCCUGGUGUGGAGGGUUACCUGCCCCUGAAAACUCCAAUUCUCCACUACGCUACAAGUUUAGCUGGUCUCCUGGUGGUGUACUGUUGAAUUGUCUCAGUGGAGCAAAGUACCUGGAGGACAACAAGAUUGUUGAAAUCCCCAGUGGUGGAAACUUGCUGGAAAAAACACAGGACUUAAACUUCAUGCCAGGAUUUAAUAUUGAAGGAUUCCCCAACAGAGAUUCCACAGUGUACAAACAAGCCUAUGGUAUAGACUCGGCCAAGACUGUCCUUAGGGGGACUGUUAGGUACAAGGGGUUCUGUGACAUUGUAAAAGGACUGAUGCAGCUUGGACUGCUGAACUCUGAUCCAGUGGUGGAACUGCAUCCGAAUGGGCCGGAGAAAACAUGGAAAGCCUAUAUGUGCGAUGUGUUUGACAAGUCCCAUGACUUGUUUGGAGACACCCUGAAGGACUUGGUGUAUCAGCAGGUCGGACGAUCAGAAGAGAGAUUACAGGCUAUAGAACAGCUAGGACUUCUUGAAGAGGAGUUAAUUGAUAUGAAGGGAACUCCUGUGGCUACACUUUCUAACUACCUGUCAAAGAAGCUUAGCUACGGUCCAGGAGAAAGGGAUCUCAUCCUUAUGCACCAUGACAUUGGUGUUCAGUAUGCAGAUGGGUCAGAGGAACAAAGACAUGUUGGACUGGUAGUGUACGGAGAUGCAGAUGGACACUCGGCUAUGUCUCGGACUGUUGGACUUCCAACUGGUAUUGCCACCAAAAUGAUUCUAGAAGGUGAGAUACAGAAGAAAGGGGUCCAGAUUCCUCUCUCACACAACAUGUACAGUCCAAUCCUGUCUCGUCUCAAACAUGAAGGUAUCGCUGCUACAGAGGAUAUUAUCCUCAAACGAAACUAGAAUGUAGUGAGUUGAACCACAAAAAAUCAAGAACUGUGUUUCAGUACAACCAUUACAAGAGGAAAACAUCACUGAAGUAGCCCCAGGGAUAUAUGCACAGCCCUUUAAUUUUAAGUCUGUUAGAAUGAGGUCAAUUCGCAGAUUGAAAAGAAAAACAAUUUUUCAUUUAAAGUGUAACAGAAUCAAACUAAAAAUGAGCAGACUAUUUUGAAUCCUUGUUAAUUUUUUUUUCUUACUGAAAUUAACUUCACACCAUUUAGUAACAUAAUUAUACUCUCAACUUGUAUACUAUUAAUGGUGUGUAUUUCAGAGAAUCUCAGAGGUAAAAUUCUCCCUUUCUCUCCCUUUUUUUGAGGAAAGGAAAAAUGGUGAUGGUUAAUGGUAUUUUAGAGAAUCUCAAAGGUAAAAAUCUCCCUUUCUCUCCCUUUUUUUGAGGAAAGGAAAAAAAAAAUGUUGAUAUCUAAUUUUGUAUCGGAUACCUGUUUUGUACUCCACAAAAGUGAUUUAUCUGGUUUGGCAGUUAUCAAAAGUAUCUUGUUACAAGUGUACAAGGUUUGCAUAGUAUUGGAAAAAAUGAAGAACCUGUUUGGAACAGCUUUCUUUGUUUACGAUUUUUUACAUAAACUCUAUACAUAUGUUAAGAGGAAAGAUUGCUUUCGUUUAUGUUUGUUACAUGGAAAGCUUGUUUGUUGAAGGUGCUAUCAUGUUAAGAAAGAUAUAAAUGUCUCUGUAAUAUAUAACAUGUCUUAGUAGUAGCUGUGAUAAACGACUUUUGAUUUCUUCCUGACUAAAAAUUCACUCGAUUAGUGGAUUUAAGGAAUGCACAUGCUUUUAUCAAUAAUGUACAAUAGAAAGUAACGGUAGAAACUUUUGUUUUCGUGGCUAUAUACAAAUCCCAAAAAUAUAAAUAUGCAACAAGUAAGACCUCAGAUAAAGAAUGAUACUCGAGUUUAAACCAUGCAAGAAAGUACCCACAAACAUUUUAUAUUACACAGUACCCCAUAUUGUUAGAUUACUCAGGCAGUGUUACAAGUUUUUACUUUUGAGUGUUUUCACAUUUUUCGGUCCUUGUCUUUUGUAUACAUGGAAAUGUAGGUUUGUAAAAUUUGAGAGAGAAAAAGAUUUUAAUGUUAUAAAUACAUGUAUGUUUGUUUUUAUCAAGAAACCUAAUUCACAAAUAUAAAUAAUUAUCAUAUAGCUGGUUAUUUUUGCAGGGAGAAUAUUUUUGCUUUUUCACUGCAUUAAUGUGAUUGCGAAAAUUUAAUCUGUGAAAUAAUGAGACACAUGUAUUAAAUGUGAUUUUCAUCCAGGUCGUAAAAUUCUAAUUUGUUAAAAUUACUUCGUUUUAAAAGAAAAUUGCAAAACGUUUGACCUGUGAACAUGUUAUACAGUGUAAAUAUGGUUUGUUAAUAGAUCCUGGAGCAGGUGUAGGUGAUACAUUAUUGUUACUGAGAUCAACACCCUAUUUACGUUAACGGAAAAAGGAAAAAAUAUUACCAAAAGUAUGUUACCAGUGAUAAAUAAUAUUGAUAUAUUUUUUUUCAUCCGUCUAUUACCUGAUUUGUGACAAGUAUUAGAAGGUUUAGCAUUUUAACGAAAAGUCAACAAAGACAUUUAGUGCCCAAGAUUUAUCUAUCUUAUUAUUUAAAUUGGUAUUCUGAUACCAUUGCAGAAUUUUUUUAUGCAUUCGUUUCAUUGAAAAUGAUGGGAGGCUUGACGUAAGGAAUAGAUCAACUGUAAUCGGUUCUUACUUUUUAUUUAAGAAAAAAAACCCUGAAAAAUUAUUAACUUUCCACUUUACGGAAAAGAAACAUUGUUUAGAAAACUAUUUAUUGACAAAAGCUGUUUUGUUGAUGUUUUUUGCUUUGUUAGUAAUUCUGUGUGUUGUUGUUUAUGAUAGUGAUUACAUUGAUACGAAGAAUACUAGAACUUUAUCAAGAUAUGGCAGGAUAAACAAUGAAUUGUGUAUAUUCUAUUUAGAUCUCAUAAGAACGGUGUGCUUUGUUUUAUACAUCAUUUAAAUACUGUAGUUAUGUUUUACCUAAUCUUUCCAUCACUUCUCCGAGGCCACUUUUUGUUAAAAUACUCUCUUUUACAUCUAUUUCUUCCAACCUUACUGCAUUCCACUAAAUUUUUUUUUGGUUUAAAAUCAGUUUCCAAUUCAUAACUUAUUUUCGUAAUUACCCGUUAUCAUCUCUUGCUAUAUGACUUUGUGUGGCAUAUGUCAUAUAUGUUACCAUCUGAUACAACAUGAGUUCCUCUUUAUAUCAUCAGACAAACAGACCCCUUUUCACACAGUCUAACACAAAAUAUAUCUCUAAUAUGCUAUCUGAGAGGAUGUAAAUUUCUCUUAAGAUUAAAUUAUGAGUUAUACUCUGACAUAAAGUGGACUCCUCUUUAUAUCAUUUAACAUUACAUAAACUCCUGUUUAUAUCAUGUUUUAUUGGCACUUUUACACAUAUAUUACAUGUCAACCAAUUAAACUGAGGAUUUAACUGAUUUUCUUGUGAUCACUAUUUACAUUUUGACAUCAUCUCAAGCUACCUGACAAUUUCUUGUUUUCACAUCUAAGAUAUAAUAAAAUUUGUUGUUUACAAAACAAAAAAUGUAGCAUGCAAAAUCUUAGUUCUUGGAUAAUUUACUUGGUAUCAUCACUUGGCAUUCAUGAUCACUAUUCAUUACAGUAAAUGGAAUGUAGGUUAAUUUUACCUAAAAUUCUCCGGUCUGACAGUUGAUCAUAAUCAGUUUUAUGAAACAAAUUCAGGAUGAAGUGUCAGUUGUUUACAGAUCUUGAAAUGCAUUUUAAUUAAAAACACUGAUCACCAAAAAUUACAAUUUGUUUGGAAAUCUAUCAAUUAUGAAAGGUUGAGGAGAUAUAGAAAAAAUAAACUUCAUCCUUAUAGAGACCUUUACUGUAGAUGCAAGAAAUUUGAUUGAUAUCUUUUUUGUGUGCGUGUGUGUGAACAUUGUUUGUAAAAUGAACACAGUGGUUGAAGAACAUAUUUUUUUUCAUGCAGUCAAUAAAUGAACAAAAGCACAUAAUGAUAUUUUAAGUUGGCUUGAUAUUUUAUCCUAGGAUUGCCUUGUUGUUCAGUGAAUAUACUCCUAUUUUUCCAUAUGAUACAUGUAUAAUAUAGCUUAGUGACAUCACUUUCUGUAAUAAAAUAACUCCACACAUUUACAGAUGGCAUGGUGAUUGAACAAUGAAAACUAUGAACAGAGUGGACAUGACUUUACAUAAAAUUUAUUGAUUUUCGACAAUAUUUGCUUGAAAAAUAAAUCUAGUAAUAAAAAAAAUCUUAAAUUUGUUUGCAUUUGACCUGUGAUUUAUGAAACUAGUAACAAUUUUUUUUCAUUUUAGCUUGCCAUAGGCUCAAUAAAUGGAAAAUUCUUCGACUUAGUUUCACAAACACAUAUAUCAAAUGAAAACUGGUGUGAUAUCGUGUGUGAUUUUCCCUAUUAAGUAAUGAUAUAAAAAACACUGUAUUUAAUUUCAUAAACACAUAUUUAAUCGGAGUAAUUGAGCUUGUUUUUUGUUUGUACAUCAUAAUUAUUGAUUUUCAAAGUUUAAGCAGUUUUGAAACGUUUGUUGCCCCCUUUUUUUACCUUCAAUGUCGACAAGGAAAUUAUAAAAUGAAUGAUAUUUUGAUGUGAUAAAACCGUUAGAUUGGUGACGGUAAGGCUUUAGACAUAGUUGUACUUUUAAAUGAAGUGAUUUUGUAACAUUUCUCUCCAUGAAGAUAGGUUGUAUCACAAAGGUGGUAUCUUCACUUGCUAUGAACUUGUUCACUCAGUAUGAACUAGUAACGUAUAGCUGAUCAUUUCCAUGACAUAUUUAAUCUGUUUUGCAGUACAUUAACGUAAUUAUACAAAUUUAAUCAAUAUAAUAAUGAGACAAAUAUGUAUUAGAAUGUCCUUUCACAUCCAGGUCACGAUGGUUAAAAACUUGUUAAGUUAACAAUGUCAUUAAACCAUGGUGUUAGCAAGUCGAUAGGUCAUUAAAUUUCUAUUUGUUAGAAUCUAAUUCAAUUGUUUUCAAUAAAAAAAUCACAAAAAAUUUUGACCCAUGAGAAUGAUCAGCUAUAGGUAUAUGAAAAUUGUCUUUGAUGCUUUUCAGUAUUGUAAAUGAAUAAUACUCAAUUAUGAUGUAGAAAGUUUAGUCAGAAAUAGCCGUAACUGAGAAAUACGCUCUUGUAUUUGGUCUGUGAUAUUUCAAAUGAUUUAUAUUUUUGCAAAAGUUGUUUUUAGGUAACUGAUCUUUAAUCAUAUUUAGUAAAUAAAUAUAAUGUUAUACAUGAAACAUUUCUGUGAUACAAGACUGAUGUUUCAGCAUAAUGGUCGAGAACAUAUUUAAACCAAGAGAUUACAUAUUCUAGGUCCAUCCAUUCAAAGAUUUACAUUUCUUAUGGCAAUGCAACUGAUAUUAUCAUUAUUAUUACAAGCUAACCGUUAAUUAUUUGUAUAUUAUAGGUACCUACAAUACUACACCAUUUACACACUGAUCUAUAAAUAUCUUACUACAAACAUGAACAAUAAUGUAAAUAUCCAACCAUAUAAUAGUAUACUCUGGUAAUACUGAUUUUUAUCAAACUCACCUUUAACAGUAUUCAAUAUAAAUAAAAAAAAGAUUAUUAAAGGGAGAUAACUAUAGACAGCUUGGAUUCUAAUUUAAACAGCAUGUUUCACCUAGUAAACCUUGUACAAUGCCCAUGUAUGGCUAGAUUAUCUAAUUAAUCAAGAUAUACUCAGAUCAGUUGUAUCAUGGUGAGAAUCAUUAAUAUAAAAUUUAUGUACUUCUAUAAUACUUAUUGAAUUUCUGACAGUUUUAGAAUGAUUAAUAUACAGUUUAGAAUGAAUUCUUGAGAGAAAAGUUAUGAUUGAAGUGGGUAUGCAUUACGUUACUUUCUAUAAUUAAUUGUAUAGCUUGGGGGUGGGAGGAGUUGAUGAUGUCAAGAUAUCAGUCGUACAAAUCAAGCAGUUAUCUGUAGAAAGUUUCCAUAAUAUUAGUUUGAAGAAUAUUUCUGACAGGAUUUCAGCGUCACAGAGUGUGUUAAGGUAUUGCUCACCAUUCCCAUUCUGAGUGGAGUGUGUGCGAUAUGUUAAUAUAUAACCGCAUUUGUUUGUUUUGUAGAGAUAAUAUUAAAUGGUUGGCAAUAUU